GCGCCCGCUGAAACUAUUAAGGACCUACACCGAAUGCCGAGGAAGCCGCAACUAUAAGAUCACCAAAAUGUCUUUUGUUUCAAGCACGAUGAUCUCCAACAUACCUCCAAAACUCUUUCGACAAUGUGGAAACUCCUCGUCAGCGGCUUUGUUGCCGUCGCGUCCCUCAGCGGCGUGAACGCUGCUUAUCCUAACCCUGGUCCCGUCACCGGCGAUACUCGUGUUCACGAUCCUACGGUUGUCAAGACUCCCAGCGGUGGAUACUUGUUGGCUCACACGGGUGAUAACGUUUCGCUCAAGACAUCUUCUGAUCGAACGGCUUGGAAGGAUGCAGGUGCUGUUUUCCCCAACGGUGCGCCUUGGACUACACAAUAUACCAAGGGCGACAAGAACCUCUGGGCCCCCGAUAUUUCUUACCACAAUGGCCAGUACUAUCUGUACUACUCCGCCUCUUCCUUCGGCCAGCGCACCUCUGCCAUCUUCCUCGCUACCAGCAAGACCGGUGCAUCCGGCUCAUGGACCAACCAAGGCGUCGUCGUCGAGUCCAACAACAACAACGACUACAACGCCAUCGACGGCAAUCUCUUCGUCGACUCGGACGGAAAAUGGUGGCUCUCUUUCGGCUCCUUCUGGUCCGGCAUCAAGCUCAUCCAACUCGACCCCAAGACCGGCAAGCGCACCGGAUCAAGCAUGUACUCCCUCGCCAAGCGCGACGCCUCCGUCGAAGGCGCCGUCGAGGCACCCUUCAUCACCAAGCGCGGAAGCACUUACUACCUCUGGGUGUCGUUCGACAAGUGCUGUCAAGGCGCUGCUAGCACGUACCGGGUCAUGGUUGGACGGUCGAACAGCAUUACUGGCCCUUAUGUUGAUAAGGCUGGUAAGCAGAUGAUGUCUGGUGGAGGAACGGAGAUUAUGGCUAGUCAUGGGUCUAUUCAUGGACCGGGACAUAAUGCUGUUUUCACUGAUAAUGAUGCGGAUGUUCUUGUUUAUCAUUAUUAUAACAAUGCUGGUACGGCGCUUUUGGGUAUCAACUUGCUCAGAUAUGACAAUGGCUGGCCUGUUGCUUACUAGAGAACCGGAAUGGGGAUGGUUGGCCUGUUGGGGCGAUGAGCUGGAAUCUAUUGUCUGUACAUGAAUUGCAUCUGUAAAUAUUUCAACUUCUAUAUAUACUGCAUGGCUGUCUGCCGCGAAUAACACAUGAAUCUGCA